AUGAUGGGAAUGCCAAUGAUGGGUAUGCCGAUGAUGGGCAUGCCAAUGAUGAACAUGCCGAUGAUGCAGGGCAUGAACCAAGGCCAAGGCCAAGUGCAGGGACAAGUGCAGGGCGCGCAGGGCAAAGCAAGCGCCCCCGCGCCUGCAGCUGCAGGCUCUGCACCGGGUAGCCAAAGUGCUCCCGCAGGCACCAUGGGGGCAGAAGUACGCCCUGAAGUGCUGGAACGCAAGGAGCACUUGCUGCAUGAUCUGCAUGUGGCAGCAAGAGAGCUUGCCCACAAGCACGAGGAGAAGAGAAGGGAUCGAAGCCGAUCCAGAGACGAUCACAGACAAGGCGGAAGCUCCCAUCAGGCGCCACCGCCACCUGUAGAAGAGGCACCCAAGGAGGAAGAGGUGAAAGAAGAAGCGCCACCACCGUGCCACUUGCACCCGGCAAAGAAGCCCAAUGCCAAGUGCAAGUUCUGCCAAAGGGCUGCCAAAGGCUGCGCCAAAGCAGCUCCCAAAAAGCCCCAGGAGGCAGAUGCAAAAGAACACAAAGAGGCAGAAAGGGAUACUGACCAGGGUGUUCUUGCCAGCAAGAAGAAGGAUGACGAUGAGGAAGAUUACUCCCGCCGGACCUUCAACUGCAGCCCGAUCUUGAAGGAUCAGAUCCUGGGCUCCAGCUACUUCAAAAGUGUGCUGCAGCUCACAAACAUGGACGAGAUCAUUGCGGAGAUCAAGAACUAUGCGGACACACUCGACGUGUACAAUCCCGGCAGCAGCACGGCGCCUUCGAACUUCAUUUGCCAGGUGUAUCGCAUCUUCACCCUGCCAGAAGCUGAAGACUUGUCCCAGCUUCAGGUGGUUCUUGACUCUCCCACGGCCAUUGUGCGCUGCGCCGGGUUUGUGUACCUCCGCUUCGUGGUCCCGGCCGCCAAGCUCUUCGACAAGCUGGAGGAGUACCUGUUUGAUGACAUGAAGCUCAGCUAUCAGGAAGGCGGCAGAACGGUGAACACAACCAUCGGGGAGUACGUCGAGGCUUUGAUCGGCAGGGAGAAAUACUUCAACCGCCCGCUGCCUCGCGUGCCAGUCAAGGUCAAGCAGCAGCUUGAAAGAGAGCUGGCCCCGAUGAGCGAGUACCGGAAGCGGAUGGAGGCGCACACGAAGAGCAGCAAGAAAAUUGCCGGCACUCCGGUGGAGGUGAUUCAUGAUGGGCGGUGGCUUCCUGGUACCGCGGUAGACUUCGCGGGAAAGGUGGUCAAGGGGCGCAAGGUCAAGGUGGACCUGGAAAAUGGGCAAGAGGUGACCGUCCACACCGGCAAGGUCGUGCUGAGAGGUGACGCCAAGGCGGAGGACAAGGACCGCGAGAAGGACAAAGAGGAGAAGGAGAAGGAUGAAGCCCGCAGUGGUUCAGAAGACGAGGGCAAGAAGAAGCGCAAGAGGAAAAGCCGAAGUCGGAGCCGGAGCCGGCGGCGGUCCAGGAGCCCGUCUUUGGACUGGUGUCGCCACAAAGGUAGUCACGACAAGGACCUGUUGGAGGCCCUGCGAGAAAGAGCCAGAGAGGAAGCUGUGUGCUCCUACAGCAAGACCUACUCUCGACGUCCGACGGAGGAUGAGUCGAGAAGACGGGACCACCACCCCGACUCACGGGCUGGCGAUAAGUCCAGAUCGGACAAGGAUGGAGGAGAAUUCCGGUCAAAGUUGCGACAAGAGGAAGAGGAGGAGCACAAAAGGAGGAUGCGAGACAUCUACGAAAAGUACGGCAACAUCAAAGCGGCACCGACCAACUAUGCAGCAGGUCCGCGGAGUGAGAUUGACCAGCCUGACAUUCUGAGACUCGGAUAG